GUUUGUUUUGAUCUGAUCUUAGGAUGGAAGGAGAUGAUGGAGAAUUCCUGUCCAACAUUCUUUGCAAUGGAGAAGGGGUUCAUGUUCCUGAUUUGGGCGAGAAGUCCAUUCCAAUCACCGAAGACAUUAAUCCUGUUGAGGAAGUGCAGGCAAGCCGCAGUACCAAGGGAGGAAGGAGGUCCAAAAAUUUUCAUUACAAGGAGGAUGAAGUUGUUUGCUUAGGAUGGUUGAAUGUUAGCAAGGAUCCCAUCAACGGGGCUAAUCAAUCGCGUGGAACAUUUUGGGGAAGAGUUCAUGCUUACUACGAGCAACACAAUGAAACUGGACUUCCUCGUACGGAGAGUUCCAUUAUGCAUAGGUGGUUGACAAUACAAUGGUCCGUGAACAAGUUCUGUUCGUGCUAUGAGGCCAUUCUUCGUAGGAAUCAAAGUGGUACUACUAUCCAAGACAAGCUUAAUGAUGCAAAGAAGUAUUACGCGGACUUAGAUAAGGACAAAAAGCCUUUUGCUCUUGAUCAUUGCUGGAACAUACUUAAAGGGGAGGACAAGUGGAAAGCCAAGAUGGCAGAACUUGUAGAGCUUGAGAAACUAGCAGCAAGCAAAAAGAAACAGAAGACAACAAAGGUGUCCAGGCCAAGAGAUGAAGGAGCCGGCAAUGAUGUUGAAGUCAUAGCUGGUGAUGUUGGACAAAUUGAGCCUACUAGGAAGAGGUCAGAUGGGAUAAAGAAGGUAAAAGAAAAUCUUAGGCGAGGAGGUGGUGAGGCUUGCAUGGAAGCUUUGGAGAAGAUGUGGUCAAAGAAAGAGGCCUACGACAAGGUCAAGGAGAAGGCCAAAGAGGACAGGUUCUUGGCGACACUAGAGAUAGAGAAGGCUACGCUAGAGCUAGAGAAGAAGCGGGUGGAAAAUGAAGCAAAGAAAUCUGAAGCCGACUUGAUGAAAGAAGAAAAAGAAAUUAUGUUAGCGGACAUGACCUCCCUCAACCCGAUGCAGCGUGAUUGGAUUGAGAUUAUGCAGAAGAAGAUUCUCGCGAGACAUGCAGAAAAUUAAGUUUAGUUGGUUGAAUUAUGAGUCAA